CCCAGCACCCUGCUGAGUUGAGUCAAGCUGAGCCAAGCUCAGGCGAGCUAGCCAAGCCGAGCUGAGUUGUCGGGGAGUGGGACAUGGGAGUCACCAUGAUUCCAGAGAUGCAAGCGCUGCCUCUCGUCUGCCUGAUGCUGCUCCUGCUCUGGAGAGCCCCAGGUGCGGAUGCCCAGGCAGGUCAGGACUCUGAGGUGCACCAGCCCCAGGACAAGGUGGUGGUGACAGUGGGGGAGACACUCAACCUCACCUGCACCAUGUCCUACAGCAGUUACGCUGCUCCCGUGGCGUGGCUGAAGGGCUGGGGCAGUGGGAACAAGACAGUCUAUGAUCAGAAGGGCUCCUUCCCCCGUGUGACAAGGGUGGUGAGUGAAUCCAACACAGACUACAGCAUCCUCAUCAGGGAUGUUCGCCUUGAGGACACCGGCACCUAUUACUGUGUGAGGUUCCGCAAAUCGGUGCGUGGUGAUGAGGUGCCUCGACCUGAAAAGGGCACAGAGGUGUCCGUGCAAGCCAAACCCACCCACCCGGUUGUGUCCGGGCCCAGCCACAGAGCGAGGCCAGGGCAAUCGGUGUCUGUCACCUGCACAGCCGGAGGGUUCUUCCCCCAAGACAUCAGUGUGAGAUGGCUCAAGGAUGAGGCCCCAGUCUCAGCUCAGCAGCCCCACAUCACCCCUGAGCAGAUGAAACCCUCCUACGAAAUGUCCAGCACCGUGACGCUCACGCUGCGGAAGGACGACGUCCACUCACAGGUUGCCUGCGAGGUGCAGCACCCCACGCUGACGGCCCCGCUGAGGGGGAUUUACGAGCUCAGAGAAGCCCUGCGAGUCCCUCCCAGUGUCCGUGUGGUCGCUGACCUACCAAGUCCCGUUGAGGUGAACAAGACCGUGAACUUCACCUGCCACGUGAAGGAGUUUUACCCGAAAGAUGUGGUCAUCACCUGGCUGGAAAACAGGAUGGAGAUGAAGGUGGAGAACAUCCUCCAGCCAGUGGAGACUCCCCAGGGCUUGUUUGAGCUGAGGAGCCUGGUGGACGUCAAAGUGACAGAGGAGAAGAAUGGGUCUGUGUACACCUGUCAGGUGAAGCACAAUGCUCAGGACACCUUUAGCAAGAGGGCUACUCUGUGGAUUGCUGACCCAACCAGGGAGGGACUGAGGAAUUUUUCAUCACUAGGUCUUAACCUCCUCACCAGCCUUGGCUUGGGGAUUGUCAUCCUGCUGGAGAAGGGUCUCCUUGGUGGCCUCCUCAUCUUCCUCUUCAAGCGUGGGAGGGCAUGAGGACUAAACGCCAGGGCAAAUGUCCCAUCCUGCUCUGUGUCAGCCCCUGGUUCUUUGUGUCACGGUGUUGGGAACGGGUCCCAGGGCUCAGCCACCGCCAGCUUUGUUGUGUGUACCUGGAAUUAAAGGUGCCAGGAUGCAGG